GCGUCGGUAAAAGAAAAACAAUCAAAAUCAAACAAAAAGUGGGUAGCGUCAAACGAAAAGCUGAGAAGAAAAUUAACUCGUAGAAAAAGUGUUUUUCCAGCUGCAUUCGUUUGCGGAAAAUGUCUAAUUUCUAGUUCCAAAUGUCGCGUAAUUGUUCCAGUUCGUUUUAAAACUAUUGGUUUCCGGAUAGCAGCGUUUGUUGUCCAUUUUGCAGUGUUCGGGAGUCGAUGGAACCGGUGCCAGUUAUAGAAGAAACAAAAAUGGAGAGCGAAUCGGCAGUUACGGAUGAUGCCGGACAGGUUCCUUGCGGGAAUGAUAAGGCAGAAGCUGAAGUGCCUCCAUCUUCGGUCGAGACGUCUGUGGAGAAUGUCCCUUUGGAAGCUGAGGGAAAAAGUGAAACCGUUGCUGAAGAUGAAGAUGAUAAAACAGUCGAAACAGUAGAACCGAUCAAUACUGGUGAUCCUGAACCUGUCGAAGAGAAGGCUCCGGAGGAUAAGGUGCAGCAAGGCCCUUGCCAACAAGACGGCGAAGGCAGCAAAGCAAGUAACGAUUCCGCUACAGAAGAAGUCAAGGAUCUCAAGGGAGAUGUUGAAGCUGUCAAAUCGCCUAAAGUUCCAGAUUCAGAACCAAUGCUAGGAAUGGAAGUAGACAACAAGGCUCCUCAGAGUGAUAAGGAAAACGAAAGCGCUGAUAUAAUAGCCGACUGUGCAAGUAAUUCGAACGACAAACUAGAAACUGAAAUGCAGACACCAACCACUGAUGUUUCUGAAGGAAAUACUGGCCAUUCGGAAGUAAGGGAAGAAGAUAAGGAUCAAGCGAACAGUUCAAAUGAUAACAUGUUGGAAUCAAUGGUUGUCUCUGAGCUCACAACUUGUGAAUCGCUGGAGAUGGAUGUAGACGAAGAAUCAGAAGUACUGAAAACGGUGGAAGGAGAUGAGAGGGAAGAUAACGAAGCCAAGUCACAUAAAGUUAUUUCAAGCGACCAAGAACUAGAAUCAGAAGUAUUAAAAACGAAGGAAGAUAAGGAACUCAAGUCACAUAAAGUUAUUUCAAGCGACCAAGACCAAGAAUUAGAAGAGUUAAAAACGGAAGAAGACGAUGAUACGAAAGAUAAGGAAGUCAAAUCACCCAAAGUCGUUUCAGUUGAUAAAGGUGAUGAAAAACCUUCUGUGUCAAUCAACGAAAUUGAAGAGAAAACUGAGGCUGAAAACCGUGAUAAUCUGCUUGAAACACCAGAAGAUUCAACAAAAAUCGUAGAAUGUAAAGAGAAAAAAAUUGACGAAUGUGCUGGAAUGGAAGAAGCUGAUGAAAUAGUAGCAACAAUUCAAGAGACAGACAGUCUAAUGGAAGUUGAAGAAACUAAUGUUGAUACUGAAGAAGGAAAGAGUCGUUCAACUAGUAAAGAAAAAGAAACAUCGGAAGUAACUAAACCCACUAAGAAAGAUGAAGCAAUGAAUCAGAGCACCCUAAUUGUCGAAGAUGAGGAAUUGAAAAGCGCUGACGCAAUCGUAGACGCAAAAGAUGUCAAGAGAGAUGACGUAAUUGUCACUCCAGAAGCACAAGAAAAGUCUACUGCAAGCGAACCUAGUGAAUCCCCACAAGAACCGCAAGAAAAACUAGUAGAAGAGAAGAAAGAUCCGACUGAAGAAUCAAAUUGCAUGCCUGAAAAGAAAACCGACGAUGAACAAAAAGAUGAGGAAGAUGACAUAAUUUUAAUAGAUGACGAAAACACUACUGCAGAAGAGUCAGAAUCCAAAGCCGAAAAAUUAUCUGACCAAGAGAAAAGUGAACCAGCAGCUAAGAAACUGCGGUUGAGUACUGAAGAAAAGGAAGAAUCGAAGAUGGAUACGGCUGAUGAUCAAGACUCGACAGCAGCGGAUCUGAACAAAGCAACAGAGAAGUCUGAAGACGUUUCAAAGAAUGACGAAGAUAAACCUCAAUCGGACAAAGUCGUUUCGGAAGACGAAGAUGUUGUGUUGAUUGAAAAUGAUCCCAAACCAUCAGGGAAGGAUGAAGAAAAGGGUGAUGAGAAAACAGGGGUUGAAAAAGAUAAACUGGUGGAAAAAGACGAUGAAACCCCUAGCGUUUUGGAAAAAGAGGACAAGAGUGAAGUAAAGAAAGAUGAUUCCGACGAGGUAAUGGUAGUAGAAUCAGAAAAAUCAGACUCCAAAAAAUCUCCAAACGAUCCCAAACCUGAUGAAAAAGAGACCAUCGGAACAAGUGGCGACAAAACGGAUAAACCUCAAAAGGAAGAUGAGAAGAUUGAAGGUAAAUCAGAAACCGCCAAAGUCGAUGAUUCGAAAGACAAGGCUGCAGCAGAAAGUAAGACAAAAGAUCAGGGUGAAACAGAAAAGGGUACACCAACGAAGCGUUUUGUUCUAGAUGAAAAUACGGGGAUGUUCGAAGAGAAGGAAACUGCACCGGAAGAAACCGUGCCACAGGUAUUCGGCGAUUCCGACGAGGACGUUGUUAUGGUAGACAACUACGUGACCACUGACCGCAAAUCGGCAUCCAAACCACCGUCGAAAACGCCACCACCGGUUACGACAACGGCCAAUUCGGCCACUCCUUCCACAGAACAAAAAACAGCACCGCCAGAGAAAUCCGAACCUGCGGCCAAGGAACUAUCCAAACCCAAAUCGUCAACGGUGUCCGUCGAGUGUAUCAAUGCCGAGUGCAAAAAGGACACAAGGGAAACAGCUCCGGCGCCGGCUUUCGUGCUGAACUUCUUCGGAAUCCCCAAGAAGACCAAGAAACAACGCAUUUGUCUGAGCUGUUACGAUGAAGUGGUGCAAAAAUAUUCGGUAUUGGGCGGAGCGGUCUUGGAUCAACAGCCGUUGCUGUUCUGUGAGAUGCCUCGUAAAAACGAACUCGUGGAAAUCUCCGACAGCAGCGAAGAGGAGGAAGAUGCAGAUGUUAAACUGGAAGCAGAGAAACCACUGCCGGCCGAUAUUAUUGCGCUGGUGGAGUCUGAGCUGAAUGACAUUGUCAGUAGCACUUUCGAGAAAAUCAACAUUAGUCAGCAGAUCGACUGGACGGAGCAGAUCAUGAAGCAGAAGAUUGCAUAUAAUACAAAACUCUCCGACGAAAUCAACAACGAGCUAAACGAACUGCAACGUAAGGUGGAUCGAAUUCAUCUGAAACUGUACAGCAAAUCACGGCCCAGAUAUCAGGACCUACCACCGAUCAAUAUCUUCGAAGUGGAUGCCAACCGUCAAUCAAUUAUUCAGCAACCGAUUCAGGCCAAUCGUCAGUAUUCGCCCCAAAGACCAUUUGUCCAAACAGUUCAGCAGCAGCAACAAAUUCAGCAGAAACAGGCCUCGCAGGUUACGCUGGGAACUCAAGCUUCGGCCGUUUCCCCACCGAAGGAAGAGUUCACGCGUCCUGCGGUCAGCGUGGGCCAGUUCUAUUUUGCCGUCAAACACAAGCUCCUCAGCAAUUGGGCCGAAUGUCAGGUCGUGGAAGCAGUUACAGUCGCUGAUAAAUCGCUCUACAAAGUCAACUUCCUCUACAAUCAAGGGGUUGGCAACGCCCCGAUCAAAGUGGUUCCCGCCAAGUACCUUGCCUAUCGACAUUCGUUCAACGUGAAACUUCCUCUGGGCACCCGUGUCAUCGCCCGGUUUGACGCAGGGACCACACAACCGACUUUGAACAAAUCUCAACAAGCCAAGAGCAACUCGUUUUACCCGGGAAUUAUUGCGGAAUCGUUCGGCAAAUACAAUCGCAAUCGGUAUCUGAUCUUCUUCGAUGACGGCUAUGCCCAGUAUGUUACCCACGGAGAUGUGCGCGUGGUGUGCGAGGAAUCGAAAGAAGUCUGGUUGGACAUCCACCCGCAUUCGCAGGAGUUCAUCAAGAAACUAUCUGAUGAACUACCGCUCGCAGAGACCCAUGGUGCAGGUGAAGGUCGGUCAACGUAUAAUCACCGAAUGGAAGGGCAAAUGGAUCUACGCCAAGGUAAUUGACAUUGAUGCCAGUCUGGUGCAGCUUCACUUCCCGGAUGACAAUCGAUACGAGUGGAUCUACCGUGGUUCAACUCGUCUGGGCCCCCUCUACCAGGAGAAGGCUCUUAGCAUGAGCAAGGCAAGCAACAAAUUCUCCAAGUUCCAGAAGAGAAACGAGCCUUCAAUCGAAUACAUCACACUGGAUGAUGACGAUGAUGAAUCAGAACA